CAGCUGCACAGGUUCAUCGUUAGUCACUGAACAGCUGUAUGAUAAGCGGUUUUUGGAGCCCUGAUCUACAUCUGUACCCCCGCCCACAAGUUCUCAGUACGGUCCGGCUAUGAAGAAAUACUUUGCUGGGUCUGUUCUGGUCUGCUCGCGUUAUGUUAACCCAGAAAAGACAAGACUCUUGAAACAGAUCUGGACAUACUAGAGGGAGUGAAAGUGUCCUGUAGUUGGUCUGGAAUUUGGAGGUGAGAUCGCAGCGCUCCACUAUCAUUUCAAGUUGCGACUGCUUUUCGUUUCCGCACAGGAAAUCUGAUUAGAUAAACUUGCCUGUGCGUAUGUGUUUUGUAGGCUGUGCAGAAGUAGCACCAUGGAUAUAUUCUUCAGAGGAACUAUAACAAGUUCUCCUAUAAAAAACAGGAAUACACUGAGGCGUCAGCCAUCCUACAGUUUUGACUCAUCUUUCCUCUCUGAUGCUUCUUAUGAGUGCUUCUCCACCAAUCCAGAAACAGGCCUAGUGCAUGUCUGCCGUCGAAGUCCACGCCUACUUGCAAAUGGCUACUAUGUACUGACAGAAGACAGUGUUGUUACUGAUGACCAGGGUAACAUGACCCUAACUCCAACACAGACCAUCGUUUCCUACAAAGAAAAUCUUGCUCGAAUUUUCCGUCGGAGGCGCAAAACCAGAAGGUCAUUUGCCACACUCUUCAGUGAUGUCAGUCAGUCAUUACUCAGUGGAAGUAUUUUUGGCAGAGACAGCACCCUGUCCUCUACUGAACUGCCAUCAUGUUUGGAUGUUAGCAGCAGCAGCAUUGAUGAAGACACCUCUGUCAGUUUUACAUAUGAUCCCACAGCAAGUGUGCCUUUUAAAGACAAAGAAACAUUUUUACCAGAGGUGGAUUCGCUUUCUGAAGACUGCUCUGCUCCUGUUUUGCCUGCUCAGUCCCUGAAUAGUUUGAUUGAUGUUCCACCACAAUGUAAAUGUUACUGUACACCCAAAAAUCCACCCUCAGAUGCUGUGUUUAGGAGAACUUUUGUUGUCCUCCUCUUCACACUGUGUAUCUGUAUGAACAUAUUUUCAAGAUAUGUAUGUGGCGGAAUUGCUGUGGCAGUGGCUUUCCUUUUCCUGAUAUCAUCUAAAUGUGGCUCUAAGCCUAGAACAGCACACACAGUUUGGACCAAGACUGAGGAUAUCACAUCAAGAAACGAGUGAUGAAAUACAACCAGCCACAAAUAAGCAGAAGUGAAUAAUUGAAUCUCAAGUAACUCAAACGUGCAAAAGCGCAUCACUAAUUGUAUCCCAAAAGUAUUAGUUUUCUAAUGUAUGUGAUUGCUUGUCUUUGUUUGCUGUCUACUAUUUAUAAGAUUUUAAUGUUGCUCUCACAAAGCAACAUAACAAAAAAAGUUACAUAUGAAGUCACUUCUACCUCUUCAAUAACACGCUCAAUACACAAUUUUCCAUUCUAUGUCCUAUUAAGUCAAUUCGCUAACAGUUCCCACUGAAGAAUCAAUUCAGAUUUUAUUUUUAAUUAGCAUACAAUGAAGGAACAAAGCUAUGGAAGAGUAAAUGGAAGAAAAAGACUAUAAUGAUAUUUAUUUUCUAUUUUUAUUAUCUAUGUGUAGGCCAGUAGAAUGGAGUUUAUAAUGUGUAUUUUACUCUGUUUAGUAAUAGUGAUGAUGGUGAUGAUUAUUACUGGGUUUUUUUUUUAUUAACAACAACAACAGCAAAAUAAUAAUAAUAUCUUAAAUGUUGUCUGUGAGACAUAGCAAUAGAAAUGGUUUAGCUGCAUCCAACUUUGCUCAUUAGAUCAUUGUUAUGAAAAUUAUCAUGUUCAGUUGAAUAGGAUUUUGGCUCAGAAAUUUACUGAUCAGUGCCAGUGUUAACAUCAGCAUAAACAGUGUCUUUAAUUGGCCUUCAGUGCAGUUGUGAGUAAUGUAAUUCGCUAUUUUUUACAGUGAGAAAUAUUACAUUAUGUAAGAAACAUAUUGCACAUUCCAUAGAAGGUAUAAAUGAAUCAUAAUGAGCACAUCCUCUGGUUUGGUUAAAUGUAGGCCAUUGAGUUUUAACUGAGAGUUGUAAUAACACAGCAGCAAAAAUAUAUCUCUUUAAUGAGUAGUGGGGGAGGUGUAAAGAAUUGCUCCUUGAUCAUUAUGUGCCUUUCCUCUUGCAUCUUCAGGUACUCUAAUUAAUAGCUAUGUGCUCAGAUUCAAUCCUAAACCCCUGCUGUAGGGUACACAUGCUAAGUACAAUGCAGUGAUUGUCAGUGAUGUUCAGUGACACAGACACUAGUCCUGCAUGUACUGAAUGUCAGUGACUAAUAUGAAUAACAUAAUUGUAAAUAAAUUAGCCAUAGAUAGAGCUGAAUCUUCAGACUUCUUGAGACAUUGCUUUAUUAGGUAAACCUCAAUACUUGGAAUGAGAUUAAGGUAGAAGAAUAAUGCAUAGCUCUGCAGCAGAUAUUCCAUAUUUUUACAACAAGCACUUAGGCCACACAAAUAUUGUGAAUGAGUUAUUAAACUGGAUUUAUUUUAUGGCUCAA